CCGAAAUCAACCAGUCGGUUAUAAGCAAUAUAAUGUAUUCAUGCUGGAAUAAUGUAUCAUAUAUAAUACUUAACAGUUAUAUAUUACUAUAAUAUUAUCAUUUAACAAGUGAGUUAUAAUCAAAUAAGUGAAUUUUGAAACAGAAAGUAGGAAGUAGUAACGAAUGGUUGAAAAUCAUACCCUACCAAGCCUACAUGUACUUAUAUACGACCUUGAGUGUAACUUGGAAAUCAAACAAUAAUUGUUAUGAACGAUGAAGAAAUCACGAAAGGAAAUUACGGAGAGUAUCCGUUCAGUUAAGCCGGAAGAAGAGAUAGAUAAUCGAUGUAUACAACAGAACAAACAAGCUAGUUCCACAAUAUAUCAAGUGCAUUUGUCAAACUGUCAAAUAGGAAACAACAACACCUUAGUGCAGUCAGAUGGAGGACACAGUGCUACUUCCCCGAGAAGAAAAGAUGAUGGCAGCCAGAAAGCGAAAAACCAUGCAGGGAUUCUUAUCUUGAAGACAAUUUUCGAGUCAAAUGAAAAUAGACCAAUACUGUUUGCUGACCUAGAAUUACAAGUGAAAGAGUAUGUACAUACAGAGGGGCUAAAGUCUUUUAAAACAGUCACAGGUUGGGCACUGAACGACUUUCUUAUAAAAAAUAGAGAUCAAUUUGAUACAUUUAACAGAAAGCAACGAAAAUAUGUUAAACUACGUCAUAAACGCAAACACAAUAUCGUACAUUCCUCAACUUGCCUCGACAAGUAUGAUUCUGUUGAAAAUAGCAUGCAACUUCAAGAUGUUCCGAACGAAAGUAAUAACUGUGCUAAAGAUGAAACUGAUGCUAGAGUUAAACAGUUACAGCCAGUUACAGAGAACUGGAAACAAGUGAAACAAAGACAGCAAAAUCAAGUUGUACCCGACUCCAAAAGUACAAGUGGGGCAAAUAGUAACGAUAUGACAAUAUAUUCACUUGAUGUCAGAGACGAUAAAACAAUAGACACUGAACAAACAAACAAAUUAGAUGAAACAACUGCCAGCAAUAUCCGAAAGGACUGGUCACCAGACAGAGUUGACGCUCUGAUACGACAUGGCGAAAAACGAGAUCUUGCAUUUGUACUAUCCAUUCACCAAUAUAUAGAUAGUCCAAACAAACUAUCGUUAGAUAUUGUAAGUAUGUGGAACACUCCACAUAGAUCAAAAUCAUAUAUUAUCAUAGGGAUGAUCCAGGGAAAUAUAAUUGGGGUAGAUGAUCAGUUUCAUACCACUAAUUUUGAAAAUCUUUUCCAAACCUCGUAUUUUUCACAGAAACCUUUAUUCAAUUAUUACAAUAUUGAGUAUAACUCUAAAUGUCUUCUUGUGAUUGAGAUAUUAUCAAGCUGCGGGUUUGGUAGUCCAUGUGUUGUAGAAAAGAACUUUAAGGUCCCUGAUGGUAUUACUAUAAAGAAGAUGCAAGUCUGGGUCCGGAAAUCAUUUCGCAACGUUGUUUGUGAAUCAAAAAAUCUACCUGAAAUAUACAGCUGGUUUUCCGGCCACUUGCCAAAACACAAACGAAGUAUGGUGUCGGAAACAGGAGUUUGGACAGACAAAAGAACGAAUGACGACAAUGAUGAAAAAUACCACAUGCAAGGAAAUCUUAUCAACUCAAACGUAGAAACUCGAUAUCUGUCUGGAGAAACAUUAAGUUUCUUUUGGGAAUCAGUUAAGGGUUUCCAAAAAGGCCAUUUCGUACUGCUUGUCGGGGACAUAGCGUGUGACAAACGACACUUGCAUCACUUAGCAAAAGUUCCGUGGAUCUGUGUCUACGACUUUGAUAUAUUCAGUUACAGCGACGGACUAUUAAAUGCCAUGCAAGACUCUUUGAACACGGAGAGGCAUUUAUCAAUAAAUACAUGGAAUGAACCGGCAGAGAAUAUAUCAGAACUAGGGACACGCUGGUGCUUUAUGAGGGGCCGACAGGAGAUGGGUAGCACACGAACAGAUCUCAAAGACAAUGUGAUUGAAGAUACAAAUAUUUGGUUUCAACUGGCGAAAAGAGGAAUCCAAAAUAACUGCGAAAAACUUGCUAACUUUGCAGAGGACUACACUGUCCCAACUGUUGUCUUCUUGUGGCCGAAAACGGAAAAACUUGUACCAUUUAUGGUAAAAUUUCUGUCACGAUUAACAGAGACACUCACAAGUUCGCCGAAUCUGGUUUUGUGUAUGAACAGACAACCAGAAACAAACAGCGGUCGACUGAAAUUUGAAACGCUUUGUGAUGACUUCGGAAGUAGUAUCAGUGUCUGUUACCUCCAAUAUGAACAGAUGUGUAUCGGCAUCAGCGAACAGUCGUCGGUAAAAACAAGUAAGACGAUAUCAUACGAACUGCCAAGAAACCAAAUGCACGAGUCACCAGCAGUAUCAGAGAAGGAUGCAACGUGGCUGCGAGAAGACUUCGAAGUUCUUUUUGUCAAUAAUCCAUAUGAUACUUCAAACAUUUCUUCAGAAGAAAUACAAAACGAGCUGACAAAUUUUAGUAAAGGAGGAUCACUUCCAUGGUAUACAUGGUACAGUGGGGAAGCUGAAACAUCCGUUAUUGAACGAGGCAUUGAGAAGGACUUGGAGGAAAAAAUUAGCAAACAUCUAGAGGAUUACAGAACUUCAAUGAUUACACUCUGUCAUGCCCCAGGUUCAGGUGGGACAACAUUAGCACAGAAAAUACUUUGGCAUUUUCAUCGAAAAACUCCAUGUGUUCAUCUUAAGCUUCGAACAGUCUCCAAUGUAGAUGAGCUGAACAGAAAAAAUUGUUUUUUGUAUGACAGAACGGACUUACCUGUUCUUCUUCUAAUUGAUGGCGAAGAAGAAUCCAAAGUUCGUCUUCUCUCCAGGCAAUUAAAAUAUACUGUCAUAUUGUAUAUUAAGCGUUAUCCUUAUAAAAUUCACUUUUCAAAAGACCAUGAUCGAGUUUACAUGUCUGGUAUUGUUUCGUCUAAAGAAUCGCUGGAACUAGAAACAAAACUAGGCGUCAAGUGUGGCGAUGAGAACAAAAGGGCACGCCUUCAUGAGAUGACAAUUGAUAUUAAGAAUGGAAGAUCAAAUCAUUGUAUGUACGAAUACGGAAUGACAGUCUAUUUACAUGAAUUUAAAGGCAUCGUGUCUUACGUUGAGGGUUAUCUUGAACUUGACAAAAACCCUACAAGAGAUCUCAAUUCAUGUCAAAAAUGUUUAGGAUUUUUGGCUUUGGUUUAUUAUUAUGGGCAGUCAUGCGUCCCAUGCCAAUUCUUCUCGGCUUUGUUCAACAAACCAUCAGGUUACAACAUGACGUUGGAAGACUUUCCUCCACUGGUUCAAGAAUUUGUUGUCUAUGACAAAAAUGAAGGAAAACGCAACAACAUCCGAAUUUGCCAUUACAUAAUAGCCAAAGAAAUACUCGAACAAAUUUUAUCACGACAUGUAGGUAGAAUAACCGAAAGAAACGACACAAUCGGGAAAGUAGCAUGUCAUAAUCUGGCAAAAUUUUGCAAAGAAUUCAUCGAAUAUUCGUGCAGCAAGAAAACUAAGGUGAGCACACUUUCAACAACUAUACGAUUUAUUCUUACUAAAACCUUCAUUUUCCGGGACGAAAAGGACAUGAGCGACAAUGAGGAACAGGUUCGGAAGAAACCAGUCUUAUCGAAAUUAAUGAUAGAUAUUCCAGGUGGAAAGCCACUGUUCACAGAAAGGCUUUUAGUAUUGCAGAAACUGACAGAGUCAUUCCCUGAUGAUCCAAAUUACUGUGCACAUCUAGGGCGUUUCUACGCUUUUUGUAGACCUAACGAAGAAAAUGAAGCCGAAAAAUGUUUCCGGAAAGCUAUAAAAAUAUGCGAAGACCAAAUACAUGGCAAACGUGAUGAAGACAUAGACGAUGGAAUAAAACUGACUAUGAUGCACAUAUACCAUAUGUAUGGAAUAAUGAAACAAAGAUGUAUGUCAAAAUACACUGAUCGCACGCAAAAAGAAAGAAUUGUGACCGUCGACAAAGAUUUUUUAUUCCAUGAAAUUACAGAAGAAUUGGUACCUAUUGUUGAAACGGCUUGUGAAUACUUUAAAAAAUCGAGAGAUAUAACGCCUCCAAACCAUGAUGUUUACACAUAUGCAUACACAGGUGAAAUACAAUCCAGACUACAAUUUUGUGAUUUUGUUAACAGGCAUUUUCGCAAAGGAGAAAAUGGAAUUACACAGUUUUUGAGUUCAGAUGCCGACCAGAGGUCCAAGUUAUUCGUGCAGAAGAGUUUUUCAGUCAUUGAAAAUCUGAUAUAUGAAUGUUACAUGGAUGUGAUAUUGAUGGACAGAGAUUCGCAAUCACUGCGCCGUUACGUUGUUUGGUAUAAUACGCUUUUUCAGAAACAAAUCCUUCCACUUGAUUCAUUUUGGUCUGAUGAUAUGGUCAGCAAUAGAAGACUUAAAAUAGCUGCAAAAAAACUGAAGUAUGGAAAAACAUCAAACAUUUUAAGUGGUGUUGAAACAAUAGAUGAUGAAAAGGAACUAGAGGAGAUAAUUCAUUGGUAUGAGGAAAACUUCACUGACAUACAAGACUAUGGAUUUCAAGAAGAAGACGGCAAAAAGGAAUUGGAAAGAGACUACAGGGACUGGAUAUAUGCCAUACGCCUUGAUAAAUUCAAAAGGGAUUACUCCCUGGAAGUAGUUCUUAGUCAUGUCCAGCAAUGGAACGAUAAAUUGGGGUCUCCAAUAUCGACAUUUUAUCUAUUCAUUUUAAAAAGUCUGUUGGGUUUUGGCACAGAACAAACUCAGGGUAAGACAGAAUGUUUGAUUGAAGCACUAGAUUGUAGAGAGCGACUGGUCAAGAUGAACAAUUUAAUUAUACGACCUAAAUACCCACGCGAAUGGUUAGGUAGUGAUGGAGAGGGAAUAAAGCGGCUAAAAUCUGGAAAUCGUUAUGUUGGAAUCUAUGCAGAGGAUAGAGAAACUUCAAACAACAGACUUGACCUUGCAGUAUGUAAAGGCACAAUUUGCAGACCUAACACGAACAAAGUAAAUGGAAUGAUCGCUCUUGAUCUCGGAGCAAACACGCCAGAGGUUCGGGUAUACUUUAUCCCAAAAAUAGUUCGAUUAGAAGGAACUCGUUUUGCUGGGCAUAGAGUAGAAUUUAAUUUGGCUUUUUCCUUCCAAAACGGCUUUGAGGCAUAUAAUGUCAAAAUCCUCAAACGCUAUGGAUGUUCUCACUGCAGUCGUAAACUCGAGUUCACAAGCUGCGAGUCCACGUUGUAUUGUAAAUGCGGAAGACCAGUCCAGAAGGACGAACUGAAUGAAGUUAAAUGAUGUAAUUGAGACAUAAAUUUAAAUGACAGUGUUGAAAUGAGAAACGGGACAUACUUAUGGAAGCAAAUUGCUUAAUAUCUUGGGUAAUAAAUAAUAAGUGACGACGAAUAAUUACUCGGCAUACUAAAAGUUCGGAGAAUUGUCAGUAUUGUACCCUGUCUUGCAUCUUCUCGCCAACAUCAUGCUAUCAUCAUUUAAGAUAUAUUAUUCAAACAAAGGCACCACUUUUAAAAAUUCGUAUGUGUUUCCAACAAGUAUAUGAUAAUACUGAAAUAUUUAUAAACAUCACCUAAUAUAUAAUAAUGACAUGGUACGUAACACUAUAUUCAUUUGUAAACUGUUAGCAUGUGUUUAAACUGUAAAUGUAUCAUUUCUUCAUGAGAAGCAAAACAUAUUUCUACACCUUUUUCUACCACAAAAUCAGCGGCUUGAUAAUUUCGUAAUGAUGUUGUUUUACACUACCCUAAUGUAGCUGAUUAAUGGUUAAAGUAUCCAAUUAUACUUUUUAUUUUGCAAACUGUUUCUGGAAAUGAGCAAUCACUUGGUAAAAAAAACUUCUAUUCUUAUGGUACUUCAAUCUGUCUAUGAAGCUGUUAAUAUAUUGUAACAAAUCUCAUCUGAAUUGGUAAGCAAAGACUUUGUAAAAUCUAACACGAAAGAAAAAUAACAACAAGAGGGCCAUAAUGGCCCUUUAUCGCUCACCUGUCAUCACUGCACUUAAGGACAAGAAGGUCAAAAAAUCAUAAGAUCAAUCAAAAGAAUUAUGAGAAAAUAUAGUUGAAAUUUUCUUUAAGGUACAGAUAUGUCAAAAUACACCUAGAAAUUGGAGGUAUCAUCCAUGUUGUACCACAGGAAAGUGGUCUUGGGUUUUCCCUACGGCCAAUAAUAAGAAAGUUACUAAAUAAGCUAUUUAUAGUAACAUAAAAGGGAAGUAAUUAAAAAAUUAUUGUAAGUGAACAAAAGAAGGAUCUGCCAAAUAAAAACAUGAGCACUGCAAUGCAACGCAAAUGCAGAGCAAUAUACACACAAAACAAAGUCACAUGAACUUUGACCCCUAAGUGUGACCUUGACCUUGAAGUGAGCCAUCCGAAACAUGCACUCUGCACAUCGUUUCGAUGAGGUGAACACUUGUGUCAGGUUUCUUUGAAAUCCUUCAAGGGCUUCAAUAGGUACAGAGCAGAAGGGAAAUCGCUAACCAACAGACAGACAGACAGACAGACGGACGGAUACCGAGGCGAUAACACAAUACGUCUCUUAGGGCGUAUAAAAAGGAAUCGAGAUCUUAUGGUGAUACAAGUUGUGUGCAAGUUUGGUUAAAAUCAAAUCAUAAAUGAAGCUGCUAUUGUGCAGACAAGGUCAAAAUAGCUUAUUUUUGGCCCUUUCAGGGGCCAUAACUCUGGAACCCAUAAUAGAAUCUGGCCAGUUCAAGAAAAGAAUCAAGAUCUUGUGGUGAUACAAGUUGUGUGCAAGUUUGGUUAAAAUCAAAUCAUAAAUGAAGAUGCUAUUGCGCAGACAAGGUCAAAUAGCUAAUUCUGGCCCUUUCAGGGGCCAUAACUCUGAAACACAUUAUGGGAUCUGGCCAGUUCAAGAAAAGAACCAAGAUCUUAUGGUGACACAAGUUUUGUGCAAGUCUGAUUAAAUUCAAGUCAUAAAUGAAGCUGCUAUUGUGCAGAAAAGGUCAAAAUAGGUAAUUCUUGCCCUAUCAGGGGCCAUAACUCUGGAACAUGUAAAAGAAUCAGGCCAGUUCAGGAAAGGAAUCAAGAUCUUGUGGUGAUACAAGUUGUGUGCAAGUUUGGUUAAAAUCAAAUCAUAAAUGAAGCUGCUAUUGUGCAGACAAGGUCAAAAUAGCUAAUUUUGGCCCUUUCAGGGGCCAUAACUCUGAAACCCAUAAUGGUAUCUGGCCGGUUUAAAAAAGGAACCGAGAUCUUAUGGUGAAACAAGUUUUAUGCAAGUUUGAUUAAAUUCAAAUCAUAAAUGAAGAUGCUAUUGUGCAGACAAGGUCAAAAUAACUUAUUUUGGCCCUUUCAGGGGCCAUAACUCGGGAACCCAUAAAGAGAUCCGGCCAGUUCAAGAAAGGAACUAAGAUCUUAUGGUGAUACAAGUUGUGUGCAAGUUUGGUAAAAAUCAAAUCAUGAAUAAAGCUGCUAUUGUGCAGACAAGGUCAAAAUUGCUAAUUUUGGCCCUUUCAGGGGCCAUAACUCUGGAACCCUUAGUGGGAUCUGGCCAGUUCAAGAAAAGAUCUUAUGGUGAUACAAGUUGUAUGCAAGUUUGGUUAAAAUAAAAUCAUAAAUGACACCACUACCGUGCAGACAAGAAAUUGUGGACGGACGACGGACAAAAGGUGAUCACAAAAGCUCACCAUGUCACUACGUGACAGGUGAGCUAAAAAUAACUUUGCAAAGGAAAAUGUAAUUGUGCUAGCUACAUAAAUCAUUGAAUCUUCCAUGAAAUAACUUAAACAAAACAAAACUGAAGCGCAAAAAUCCUCCUACCUAUUUCUCCGAAAGAAAAAACACUAAUUUAGAUGUUUUGUCCGUUAAAUCUUAAACUUUCAACAAAUUCAGGAAUGAGCAUGCACCGUGCAUUUUCACGACUUUGGUAUGACGUGGCCAGGGAACGAACCUACGACCUCCCGCACUCGGAGCGGCUGCACUACAAGGCUAUCGAGGCGAUUUUUAGUCAUUAAAGAAAUAUGACUCAAAGUCUUACUAACUUCUAUAUUUAUAUACAUGUACAAAUAUUAUAUCAGGGUAACUGCAUAAAACCUGAAAUAUUUAUUCUUUGAAUCUGGAUCGUAACUUGUGCUUAUAUUUAAUAUCAUGUUAUGCAUUUUAACGUGUAAUUGUUGCUGAUAUUGAUAAUAGUAUCGUAGUAUCUUGAAAUACUUUAUAUUAGAUAAUAUGUAUUGAUAAGUACUAUGUAAAUCAACGAGGUGAAAAACGGGAAACAUUUAGUCAAUUUCAUACAUGUAUCUAUUUAAAUGUAAAUUCGUAUCUAUAUUUUUUUCUACAUAGCAUCAUUAAGGUUCCUUCUAAAAUAAACACAAUUGAUAAGUAAGUUGAAGGAUCUAAGUUUAGGUCAUUUUACUGAAUUGAACACAAAACGUACAGUGGAUUGGAUUGGCAAUGUCUGGGUUUAUUUUAUACCAUAUAUUUGUAGUAUAAACAUGUGAUACUAUUUAGAAAACAAGAGGGCCAAGAUGGCCCUAGGCCGCUCACCUGAGAAACACACCAUAACAGCUAGUGUAAACAUGUUUGACCUAAUGAUUGCAUGGAAAAAAAUAUUCUGACCAAUUAUCAUAAAUAUUUGGGCAAAAAAUCUUAAAUAUAAAUAAGUAUUUUCUUUGAUUUGACUAAGUGACCUAGUUUUCGACCACAGACUACCCAUAUUCAAACUUGACCUAUAUUUCAUCAAGCAAACCAUUCUGACCAAAUUUUAUGAAAUCCAGUGUAAAAUGCAGUCCCUAUUGCAUACACAAGGUUUUUCCUUGAUUUGACUUAGUGACCUAGUUUUUAAACCCAGAUGACCCAUAUUUGAACUUGACCUAGAUUUCAUCAAGGCUAUCAUUCUGACAAAAUUUCAUAAAGAUCAGUUGAAAAAUACAGCCGCUAUCGCAUACACAAGGUUUUUCUUUGAUUUAACCUAGUGACCUACUUUUUGACCCAGAUGACCCAUAAUUAAACUUGACCUAGAUUACAUCAAGGCAAUCAUUCUGACCAAAUUUCAUAAAUAUCAAUUGAAAAAUACAGCCUCUAUCGCAUACAUAAGGUUUUUCUUUAAUUUGACCUAGUGACAUAGUUUUUGACCUCAGAUGACCCAUAUUCAAACUCGGCCUAGAUUUCACCAAGGCAAUCAUUCUGACUUAAUUUCAGGAAGAUCAAUCGAAAAAUAUAGCCUCUAUCGCAUACACAAAGUUUUUCUUAGAUUUAACCUAGUGACCUACUUUUUGACCCCAGAUGACCCAUAUUCAAGUCUGACCUAUAUUUCAUCAAUGCAAUCAUUCUUACCAAAUGUCAUGAAGAUCAAUUGAAAAAUACAGCCUCUAUCGCAUACACAAGGUUUUUCAUUGAUUUGACCUAGUGACCUAGUUUUUGAUUUCAGAUGAUCCAUUUUCGAACUCGUUCUAGAUUUCAUCAAGGCAAUCAUUCUGAUCAAUAUUCGUGAAGAUUAAUUGAAAAAUACAGCCUCUAUCGCAUACACAAGGUUUUUCUUUGAUUUGACCUAGUGACCUAGUUUUUAACCCGAGAUGACCCAUUUUCGAACUCGACCUAGAUUUCAUCAAGGUUAUCAUUCUGACCAAUAUUCAUGAAGAUUAAUUGAAAAAUACAGCCUCUAUCGCAUACACAAGGUUUUUCUUUGAUUUGACCUAGUGACCUAGUUUUUGACUCGAGAUAAUCCAUUUUCAAAUUCGGCCUAGAUUUUAUCAAGGUUAUCAUUCUGACCAAUAUUCAUAAAGAUUAAUUUAAAAAUACAGCCUCUAUCGCAUACACAAGGUUUUUCUUUGAUUUGACCUAGUGACCUAGUUUUUAACUCGAGGUGACCCAUUUUCAAACUCGGCCUAGAUUUUAUCAAGGUUAUUAUUCUUACCAAAUGUCAUGAAGAUCAAUUGAAAAAUACAGCCUCUAUCGCAUACACAAGGUUUUUCUUUGAUUUGACCUAGUGACCUAGUUUUUGAUUUCAGAUGAUCCAUUUUCGAACUCGGUCUAGAUUUCAUCAAGGCAAUCAUUCUGAUCAAUAUUCGUGAAGAUUAAUUGAAAAAUACAGCCUCUAUCGCAUACACAAGCUAAAUGUUGACAGACAGACGACAGACGACGGACAUCGAGCGAUCAGAAAAACUCAAAAAGAAAAGUAACACAAAGCUGGACAACAAUAUAAUUUUUUUUACGCAUCGUAUUUUCAAUGAGCACGCUUCAAGCUUUAUAUGGAUUUGUUUGCUUUUAUUCCUUAGUUAUUUCAAAUUAAAUAAGUGUUUGAGGAGUUUUGGAAGUAUUGAAUUAUACGGGAAACACUUAUAAAUACAAAUGUAUGUAGAACUUUGGUUAUGCAGUACAAUUUUCAUAAAAAACUAGAUGGAAUAGACAUUUAUUUAUUAUUUUAUAUAAUUCAUCAAUUUAGACAACAAUGAUUUAUGAUUUUACAGAUCUUGUAAACAUUUCUGUUUUUAAAAAAAUGAUAUUGUAAAUAAAAAGCGUAAUUUAAAUAUGCACACAUACACAAAAUGGUAUAUUUCUACAAUUUUGAUAUUCCUUAGGAAUGCAUUUUUAUUGUAAUGUGAAUCUGUACACAUGCCCUGUUUAGAUUAUUUUAUUCAUUAUGUUUAUUUUUUGUUUAUGUAUAGGGCGGCUUGACACAUAAAGUAUGUGCUCUUCACCACUGUACCUAUGAGUCGUGCAACAUCAAGUUGUAAUAAUGAAAUGAAUGAACUGGCACGCAGAAAAAUAAAAGAUCAUUAUUGUUAUUUUAUGACAAAUAUUUUCUAAUUAACCAAACAAACUAUUGCAAAUUACCAUUAGUGUUAUAAUGCAAAUUUUGAUGUAAUAUUACAUGAAUGGUACAUAAAGGAUAUUACAUUCAUGACAGCAAUAAUAAGCUAAGAACAUACAGAAAGUUUAAAACUAGCUAUGAAAAUGAGUAUUAUUGUAAAAUGCAGUUACCGUAUUGUCAUAGAUCAGCAUUAGCCAAAUUCAGAUGUGGGGUUGCCCCCGCUCCCACCCCACCCUCUUAGAAUAGAAACAGGACGCUUUGUGAAUCUCCCAUUAUCAGAAAGGGUCUGUGCAUUCUGUGCCGAUACAGUCAAGACAGAAAUGCAUGUCAUAUUAGAUUGUACUCUGUAUUUAUCCGAGAGAAAUGCUCUUUUUGUAAAAGCAAACUCUCUCAGUAUUAACUUCAAUUCACUGAAUAGCAAUGAUAGAUUUGAAUUCUUGUUUACCCACCCAGAUAUGAUUAGGGUAAUAGCAAAAACCUUUUACAAUAAUUAUAUUGAAGCACCGUCAUAAUUCUCUGUAGGCCUGUAGUAAAAAGUUGAAGUAAUAAGUAGUUUUAGCUAGAAAAUAUUUUAAUAACUAGAUAUUAUAAUCUAUGUGUACUCUGUUUUAAAGUGAAACAUGGUAUGUAAGUUUAUUGUAACUGUAAUUUUAAUUUGCCACAAUGUUUUAGGUAGUGGAUGUUGUAUGUUAAUACCUGUUUGAAUACAAAAUAUUUUACAUGAUUGCAUGGGAAGUUUGCGAAUCUGUCUUUUUCCUAAACUGUAGGCUAUUUUAAAUUUUGGAAUGCAUUUAAUGCAUACUUCUUGUCAUAUGCCAGAUUUUAUUUAUGUUUUAGAGACUUAAGCGUUUGUGAGCUUCCUUGACCGGGCUUCGUAUUGUCCGUCUAGCUGAAAUGCUGUUCUGCAAUCUAGCUGAAAUGCUGUUCUGCACUCUUAGGGAAUGUCAUCUCUAAUUUUAGCUCAUCUGAUGUUUUGAAAAAUAAUCAAUCGGCGUUGGCGUCGGCGUUGCCUGGUUAAGUUUUAUGUUUAGGUCAGCUUAUAUCAAAAACUAUCAAAACUAUUGCUUUAAAACUUGCAACACUUGUUUACCAUCAAUAGCUGACUCAGUAUUGCAAAAAAACAACAUAACUCCUGCUUUUAAAAAAAAUUAUGGCCCCUUUUGGACUUAGAAAAUCAGAUUUCUUGGUCAAGUUUUGUGUUUAGGUCAGCUUUUCUCCUAAACUAUCAAAGCUAUUGCUUUAAAACUUGCAACACUUGAUCACCAUCAAAAGCUGACUCUAUAAAACAAGAAACAUAACUCAGUCCUGCUUUUUGCAUGAACUAUGGCCCCUUUUGGACUUGGAAAGAAUCCGAUUUCUUGGUUAAGUUUUGCGUUUAGGUCAACUUUUCUUCUUAAGGUUCAAAGCUAUUGCUUUAAAACUUGGAGCAGUUAUUUGCCAUUACCAGCUGACUUUGCACAGCAAAUACCGUAACUCUACAUUGCUUUUUGCAAGAAUUAUGGCCCCUUCUGGACUAAAAAAGUCAUGGGUAUGACAAUAGUUAUAUUAUACAGAGGCAAUAAAAAUCAGAUGAGCGUCUGCACCCGCAAGGUGGUGCUCUUGUUUUCAAGUGUUUCAGACAUUUCAUAUAGUUUUAUACAGAGAAGAACUGAUAUACAGUGCAUAGCUUGUGUUAUAUGUAAUGUUCGAUGUAUCUUAUCCUGUCAUGUAUUGUUGUUUUAAUCUGUACAGUAUUGAUACAAUUCUCUUAUAAUUCUGUUCUAUUAUGGCCAUAUGCAUUUAUAUAAUUGGUGUAAUAUACUUGUAUGUAGAUGAGACUAUAAUAAACAAUAAAUAUAAAUAUUCAUGAGCGUCUUUUCAUACUGAAUUUAUUAAACGACUGGAAUAAAUUCAAUAUGGAAAGACAAAAAAAAUGUAAUAUUCUUGUUAUAACACGUAAGUUAUUUCUGCUUAAACAUAAAAACAUCAUUUUUAGCUCACCUGUCACAAAGUGACAAAGUGAGCUUUUGUGAUCGCGUGGCGUCCGUCCGUGCGUGCGUAAACUUUUGCUUGUGACCACUCUAGAGGUCACAUUUUUCAUGGGAACUUUAUGAAAGUUGGUCAGAAUGUUCCUCUUGAUGAUAUCUAGGUCAAGUUCGAAACUGGGUCAUGUGCGGUCAAAAACUAGGUCAGUAGGUCUAAAAAUAGAAAAACCUUGUGACCUCUCUAGAGGCCAUAUUUAUCAAUGGAUCUUCAAGAAAAUUGGUCAGAAUAUUUAUCUUAAUGAUAUCUAGGUUAAGUUCGAAACUGGGUUAUGUGCGGUCAAAAACUAAGUCAGUAGGUCUAAAAAUAGAAAAACCGUGUGACCUCUCUAGAGGCCAUAUUUCUCAAUGGAUCUUCAUGAAAAUUGGUCAGAAUGUUUAUCUUGAUAACAUCUAGACCAAGUUCGAAACUGGGUCACGUGCGAUUAAUUACUAGGUCAGUAGAUCUAAAAAUAGAAAAACCUUGUGGCCUCUCUAGAGGCCAUAUUUUUCAAGAGAUCUUCAUGAAAAUUGAUCAGAAUGUUCAUCUUGAUGAUAUCUAGGUCAAGUUCGAAACUGGGUUACAUGCGGUCAAAAAUUAGCUCAGUAAGUCUAAAAAUAGAAAAACCUUGUGACCCCUCUAGAGGCCACAUUUCUAAAUAUAUCUUCAUGAAAAUUGGUGAGCCUAUUUAGCUUGAUGAUAUCUAGGUCAAGUUUGAAACUGGGUUAUGUGCGGUCAAAAACUAGGCCAGUAGAUCGAAAAAUAGAAAAACUUUGUGACCUUUCUAGAGGCCAUAUUUUUCAUGCAAUCUUCAUGAAAAUUGAUGCGAAUGUUCAUCUUGAUGAUAUCUAGGUCAAAUUCAAAAGUGGGUUACGUGCCUUCAAUAACUAGGUCAUUAGGUCAGAUAAUAGAAAAACCUUGUAACCUCUCUAGAGAUCAUAUUUUUCAAUGAAUCUUCAUGAAAAUUGGUCAGAAUUUUUUAUCUUGAUGAUAUCUAGGUCACAUGUGCUCAAAAACUAGGUCACUAUGUCAAAUAAUAGAAAUAACGACGUCAUACUCAGUUCAACACUGGGUCAUGUGGGGAUAGGUGAGCGAUUCAAGACCAUCAUGGUCCUCUUGUUUUCUUUACCUAUUACAGGCAAAGUGAAUUGGACCAACGUCUCCUGACAUCAAACAUGUGAUAAAUUAUUAUGACAGAACAUAUGCUUUAAAUAAACAAAAAAGUGUGUGGACAAUUUGUCUCUCUUGGUUACCAAAUUGUACCAAGUAGGGACGUAUUUAAACGCAGCGCCAACAAUCUUUUCCUUGCACAAAUUUUGUUUACAAUAACCAUAAACACAUGUCUAUGAUCGCUUUAUUCAUAGACGCAGAGUCAAAUGACUGUUUGUGGUCGCUAAAAUCAUAACCGAAUCCUAAAAUGUCUGCCAAAUACAUCCCAAGCAAUCAUUUUGUUUGUGAUCAUAAACGCACAGCAUUACACUUUUUUGUUUAUGAUCGCAAUAACCAUAAACGCAUUGUUUCUAUGGUCUCUAUAAGCAUAGACUCGGGGGAAAUAUCCAAAAUCAUAAACGUGCCCUAGAAAUGUCAGCCAAAUGUCAGAGGAUGCUUGCAUAGCAGAUGAUCGAGCGAAACUCGGCCUCAAAUUGCCAGAAUUCGCUCCCAAGAUCAGGGGAAAUAAUCCAUCAAAGCCCUAGACUAGAUGAUCUCGCUUAACGGGCCAUAACUGAGAUGAGACAAUUAACCAUCACAUCAGUAAUACUCAAGAACUAAUGCUAUAACCUGUUACAAUUCAAAAAAAAAUUGUUCCAGUGUUAAAUUCAUAGAAACUAUACCACAUGUAUAUAUAAUUCACUUUUUUGAAAACUGAUGGUUUAACAAAAAGCCACACAAGUGUCGGCUCUUAUUUUUUUUCACAUAUUUCAUGAUAUUUCCAUUUUGUUACAUCUAUGUCUUUGAAUUUGUGUUUGAUAUAUCUAUUUUCUUAAAGCUUGCUGUCGCGAAGUGUAUGUAUUUGUUUUAAAUUGAAAGUGUUUUAAUUAAAGUUUUAAUGCCGCUCAUUACUGUAUAGUGUAUGUUCAAUUACUUUGAACAUGUAAUUUUAUUAACAAAUGUACCGCAAUGUCAAUAUUUCAUUCUACAACAAGUGUGAAUGCGUCUAUUGUACAUUUAUCAUGCACCGUUAAUUGUUAAUGUUUUGCACUGUGAAAAUAAAAGAAAUUUGAAAGGUA